AUGUCUGAUAGCGAAAACGAGUACGACGAGACGGACCAACUCGUCAAAGACGAGGACGAGAAGAUGUCAGACCAAAGACUCACUUCGGAAGGCGCCGACACCAGUGGAGAGCCGAAAAAGAAGUACGACCCGAAGGAUCCCCUUCGGCCUCGUAGGAAAAAGGCCAGGCGGGCUUGCUUUGCAUGCCAAAGAGCUCACCUUACAUGCGGGGACGAGAGGCCAUGCCAGCGAUGCAUCAAGCGCGGGCUGAUGGACUCCUGUCAGGAUGGAGUCAGAAAAAAGGCUAAAUAUCUCCAUGACGCCCCCCCUGAAGCACUACGGCCUGUUUUGGGUCCAAACUACAAUCCAAAUCCAAACCCACGACAGAAUGGCCACCGAAAUCCGAGUAUUUCAACCUCUGAGGCAUCCCCGAACCAAGGGACCUUCUUCUCGCAAUCGACCGCUGCUCAAUUCCCCAUGUUCUCCGCCUCCCAGACACCAAUAGGGAACUUAACGGAAAAUCUUCCGUUUGCAAGCCAGCAGUCGCCGGUGUCUCCAUCAUUUCAGACAUCCGGCAACCCGCAAAUCGGCGGGAUGACUGUGCCACAGGUGUCAAGCCCUAUGACGAACUUCGGCGCUCUACCAUUUGACCCGAGCGAUCCAAAUAUCUUCAACUUCAAUCUCGAAGGCCUCAAUUUCGGCAGUCAGUAUGGUGCCAUGGAAUUCGGCAUGCUCGGGCACAUGUCGUCGGGUGCCGCCGAAACGCCUCCGCAGGAUACCACGAUGUCGCGGUCGGCAAGCGGCAGUCUCGGUUUUGGGCCCGGUGUGUUUGGAAAUAGCGUCAACCAAUUCGAGAAAGUGUACGAGGGCAAUCUUCUCGAUGGGUUCCUUGGACUUGACGCGAAUCACAAUGGCCUAUACUCGCAGGGUAACCUACAGCAUGGUCUUCCCCACGCGUACGCCAUCGCCGCUGGACCAACCAGCAUUCAGAGCCCGAGUACCGACACCAACAGUCCACAGCCGACUACUCUCGGCUUUGACGGCUCUCCCACGAUGGCAACCUUCUCGACAACGCCCGGGGCCAAGCCGGCGAACCAACAGCAUCCCUCUACGAGGCAGUCCAAUGCCCUCGCGAAACUCGGGCAGCAGUCGGUGUUGGGGAAGCGCCAACGCGAUCCCUCUUUCAUCUACGACACGGUCAAAGAACCUUUUGGAUAUGUUACGAGUUUCCACAAGCUCUUCCUUCUGAUCCAAAGCCGGUUCACGGCAGCACACUCGUCGCGCAUCGCAAAAUCCCUGGCCAGCAUCCGGCCGUCACUGAUGGCGUCGACCAAGAACUUGACACAACAGGACCUGGUCUUCAUGGAGAAGUACUUCCAACGGUCUCUGUUUGAAUACGAAGAGUUUAUGCACCAGUGUUCCAGCCCCACCCUCGCCUGCAGACGGACGGGCGAGGUCGCAAUCGUGAACAAGGAGUUCACCGCGCUGACGGGGUGGACGAAAGAUGUGUUACUCGGGAAAGAGCCAAACCGCAAUGUCAACCUGGGCGGCUCCGCGUCAGCAGGGAAAGUCGGCCUCACCACUCCUCGUCUCAAGAGUUUAAACACCGAGGCCAGCGGGUCUACAGAUAGCCCGCAACCCGUGUUCCUCGCCGAACUUUUAGACCACGACAGCGUCGUCGAAUUCUACGAGGAUUACUCCCAGCUGGCCUUCAACGACAGCCGAGGCCACAAGACACGCAAGUGCCGCCUCCUCAAGUACCGCCCGCCGGAUAACGACGAGGGCGCAACAGAGGCAAAUGUCGACGUGCAGCUGCCGCAGAAGGAUCCUCGGAACAGCAUUCUGAGCAACCGCGUUGCCAAGAUCGAUGGCGAGCACGGGAUAUCGAAACUCGAACGCGACGGCAAGCUGGAGUGCAGCUACACGUGGACCAUCAAGCGGGACAUGUUUGAUAUGCCCAUGCUAUUUGUCAUUAAUGUAAGUACGUAG